UAGGUAAUAUCAUCUGAGUGCAUUACAUAACCAUACGUAAUUUUUUUUGAAGUUUUUUUAUGUUAUGUCACUAACCAUGAUUAUUUUAUUUUUUAAUUAACAGAAUUAACAUUUUUACUGACGUUUAAUUAACAAACAAUGGAUACUAGAAUUGUAUGGUUUGUAAAAUGUAUAAACAAUGUGUUUCAAAUUGGUACAGAAAUAUUUACGAUGAAUUUAUUUGAAGAAGAAUUAUGUAAAAAUGAAAGUAUUCUAAAAAAUCAAUUGAUUCAAUUUUUGGAAUCACCUAAUAACGAAGAAAAUAACUUUAAAAAUAUAAUGUAUGUUUAUACUUCAGUAGUAGAAAAAGUUAUUUAUGAAGAAAUUGAAGUUGAAGAAGAGUUAUCAGAAUUUGAAGUACAGUCAAUGAAAGAAUUUGGUGUAAAACAAGUAAAAAAAAAACACGAUAAAAAGAAAAAGAAAAAGCAUGCUCAAAUUGUAGAUACGACUAUAACUGGUGAUUCAGUAUCUGAUUCUGAUAAAGAUUCAGAUGGAAAAUCUAAGGAUGGUUACUCUAGUCCAGAUACAGCUAUACAAAUGGCAGACGGCAAUGGUACAGGAAAACAUUCUCAAAAACAUUAUAAGAAAGUUAAAGUUUUACAAGAAAAACCAAUAACUAUUCCAGAAAUUCAUAUCUAUUUUGGUUCAGCACCUAUUGGACUAAAAUCAAAUGUUCAUUAUUUAUACUUCAUAAAAAAUACUGCUUCCCCUAUACCAGUCUAUGACAUACAAGAAGAAGCAAAUUAUUACAUGCCAAGUAAAUUUUUAAUUGGUAAUCGUUGUGGAUGUUUAAUAAAAUCAAUGAUAAAAGAAAUUGAAAACAUAUGGGUUCCUGCAGUAGACAUAUUAUUCAUUGAUCCUUUUUCAUAUGACUGUGCAACUACUCGAACAGACCAAUGUUCGUUUAUAACUUUAAUUUCAAAUUGUGUUCUGUCGACAUUUGUGCGAAUUUCUCAAGAAAUGAAAUCACAAAACAAUUAUGAAAUGUUCGUUAAAGAUCGUUCUGCUGAUUUCAAAAAGCGGCCUAUAAGUGUCAAUAUAGAGAAAAUAAUAGCAUUCAACGAACUUUUUUUGUUACAGCCUCCAACUUAUAAUAAAAAAAAAUUUGAGCCAUUAAAGCAUCAUUUUUUAUUAGAGUUAAGAUCGCUAUUGCAAAAAACUAAAAGGUCAUUAUGCUAUUUGCUUAAAAAACAAUCAACUAGUGUAAUUAAUCAUUUUGAUGCUUUAAUAAGAGAUAACAUAGAAGAAAUAAGUAUUACAAUAGAAAAAACACCUGCAAUGGUUCUGCAAUGCGUUAAUGUUUUAGAAGUAUGGAAUAACAAGAUGAAAAAUCUUCUAUCUAAUAUAAUUGAGAUUCGAGAACGUGUUACUAUUUAUGACGAAUUCGAAUUUUGGAAAAGUUGCGAUGAAGAGGUUCGUUGGAUAUUAGAUGAGUUAGAGUCAAAUGAUACAAAAUUAUUUUUAAAAGUUAUUGAGAAAUCUUCGAAUAAUGUUGAAACCUUAAAAAAAACAUGGGAAAAUUUUAAAGUAGGAAAACUACAAUUCAUGCAUUCUUGCAGUUUAGCCAAAGAUAACUUUAAAUACAUAUCUCUUAUCGUCGAAAACUGUAUGGAUUUGUCUACGGCAGAUUUAACAACUAUAAUAAAAAUAAUUCCAAUUUGGUUUGAAAAUUUAAGAUCCAUUUGGUUACUAUCCCCAUACUUUGGAAAAGAUGUUCACAUGUUAAGAUUACUUAUCCAAAUAGCUAAUAGUCUCUGCGAAAUAGUUAGACAAAAGUUAGGAGACUUGAAAUCAAUUUUUAAGAAUAAAGAUAUUUGUGAGAUAUCAAAAAUGUCAUUGUCUGCCAGUAAAAUGAUUGAUGUUUGGUAUAAAAGUUAUUUAGAAUGUAGAAAAUCUAUUGAAUCAUCAGGUUUUAAUCGUUGGGAGUUCGAUAAAUGUAAAUUAUUUAAUAAAACAAAUUAUGUUAAACGAAUUACAAAUGAUAUAUAUAAAAUUGUAGAAAAAAUAAGUCAGUUCUUAAUAAUUUUGGGACCAGAAUUGAGAUCUGCUAUUAAAGAUAUGAUUAGUUUAGAUGUCAUGAUAAGUAGAGUAAAUUAUUUAUACAAAGUGUUUGAUGGGAUUGACUUUGACUUAUUUUGCGAAGAUAAUGUUGAAAAUUGGAAUUUAUUUAUUAAAGAAUUUAACAUAGAAGUAAUUAAAGUAGAAGAUGAAUGUAAAUUAUUUAUCGAUGACAGUUUCAAUAAUUUGAGAUCAUGCAAAGAGGCAUUCAUAACUUUAGAACUUCUUCAAAAAUUGUCUACUAGCCAAGUUUUUAAAAAUCAAUUCGAAUCUAAGUAUGGCGCUUUAAUUCAACAAUAUGAAAAUGAAUUAAUAACCGUAGAAACAUGGUUUUUGACUCAAAAACAAGCACCUCCUGUCUCUCGACAUCAUCCUCCAGUUUCAGGAUCUAUAUUUUGGGCUCGUACGUUGGUUGACAAAAUAAAAGAGCCAAUAAGUAUUAUUAAUUUAUCUAGUAAAUUUAAUCUACACGAAAAAAACAAAAUACAAGAAAUAUAUUCAGGUAUUGUUAACCAAAUAAAGUUUUAUGAAAAGUCUAAAGUCACUACUUGGAUCAACGAAGCAAAACUUUUAACUACUCUUCAAAUGAGUAGUUAUAUACUAACAUAUUCAAGUUUGUUAAAUAGUAAAGAUGAAGUUUUAAAGAUAGAAGACUUUAUUAAUUGGUCUGCUUGGUUGAAAUAUGUUGGAGAUAAAAAUCACAUUUUAUUGGAUAAACAAAUGGCUUUUAAAACCAAUUUUAACGAAAAAAUGUAUAUUCUAAUAAAAGAAGCAGAAAUGAUGGAACUUUUAGGAGUUAGUCUUCCGAAAGAUCUACAAUUAGUAAUUUCACAUAAAAAUUAUUUAUUAAGUUCUGUUAAAAAAGUGAACGACAUGGUAGUAAUGUACAAUGGUAUUUUAACUUCAAUGACGUUCAAUAUUAAAACAUAAACUGAAGAUUAUUGAAAAUUAUUUUUUCACUGGUCUCUCGCGUUAUAAAUGGUUUUCAAUGAGUAUAGACUCAUAUACUCGUGAUGGUAUUAUUUUGAUUAAUAAGUUAAAAAA